UUGGCACAUACGGAAUUUAUAUGGCUUUACCAGUGAAGAUUGGCAUUACAACUAGCUCUACACACAAUUUCUGGGCAUGCCAAUGCAGGUGGGGUGCCUAUAGCUAGAAGAUCUACUUUGAUUAUUGCUGGGGGAAUACUAAGAUCAAAGCACUAUGGGAGACUGGGAGUUUCUUGAAAAACUAUUGGAUCAGGUGCAAGAGCAUUCUACUUCAAUCGGGAAGAUCUGGCUUAUGGUGCUUUUCAUCUUCCGAAUCUUGAUUUUAGGUUUGGCUGGGGAGUCUGUUUGGGGAGAUGAGCAGUCUGAUUUUACUUGUAAUACAGAGCAGCCUGGAUGCACCAAUGUUUGCUAUGACAAGGCCUUUCCCAUAUCUCAUGUCCGCUAUUGGGUACUUCAGUUUCUAUUUGUCAGUACACCCACCUUGUUCUACUUGGGCCAUGUAAUCUAUCUUUCAAGGAAAGAGGAAAAGUUAAAGCAAAAGGAAAGUGAAUUGAGGGCUUUGGAUGACAAAGAGCAAGUUGAACAGGCUAUAGCUAUUAUAGAAAAGAAAAAAUUGAAACUGUAUAUCCAAGAAGAUGGGACAGUCAAGAUCAAAGGAGCCCUAAUGUACACCUAUCUAACUAGUGUUAUCUUCAAAAGCAUAUUUGAAGCUGGAUUCCUUCUUGGCCAGUGGUACCUUUAUGGAUUUGUGAUGACUCCAAUUUAUGUCUGUGAAAGAGUACCAUGUCCCCACAAAGUAGACUGUUUCGUAUCCCGACCCAUGGAAAAGACUAUUUUCAUCAUUUUCAUGUUAGUGGUGUCUCUCAUAUCUUUAUUUCUCAAUGUACUGGAGCUUAUUCAUCUUAUCUGUAAGAGCAUGAUCCAUGCCUUGAAGAAAUAUUCACAAUACAUCCCUGCCAACCGAUACCCCAAGAAUGAGGACACGUAUCCAGAAAAGACAUCAGAAACAGCCACAGCACCAUUCCAAGACAAAUCCUAUAUUUACCUUCCUAUGAAUGAGAAUAUCUCAUACCCACAGUACAAGAUGCCAAAUGAACAGAACUGGGUAAACUUCAAUACAGAGCAACAGCUAGCAAUAAGUGGCAAUACCCAGUCACCUCUAGGCCAUUACAGCCUCAGUGCCUUUCUGCCUGUAUCUCCAAAAACUCAUUCAACAGUGGAAAAGGCUAGCACCAGAGCCAGUAGUUCUGCUUCCAAGAAGCAAUAUGUUUGAGGCAGCUGUUUGCACUAUUUAUUUUCUCAGUCUAAAUACGAGGCAAGUUUUCUACAGAACCAUUCUUCAAUUUCAGGUUGCUUAAAUGUUAAAAUAAUUUCUGUUCAGUGACAAAUAAUAAAUCACUACGUUCCUGAGCAAAUAGGUUUCCUCAAGCUUUUAUGAUCAUCUUGAUGCUCAAUAUAGGCUUAAAAUACAUUCAGUUACUGUUACUUUCUCCUGACUGCAACCUUUCCUUGCACAUGCUAUGUAUGUAUGUUUUUGGCUAUGGAGAACUCUUAUGUCUACAGUUUCUGUUUUAUUACAGUUAAUGAGAUUUAAUUGAUAAAACUGUAUUCUAAAGGUGGCCAUAAACGGGUGGGGGGGGGGGGGUAAAUACACACUCAAUUAAAUUCACAAUAUCGAGCAUGCCUUGAUGCAAUUCAUAUAGGUACUUGUGGCCAUAGUCGCUGGUUUAAAAUUGCGGUGAGCUCCAAUGUACCCCUUCAGCCAGCUUUGAUAAAUUAUGGCAAGUGAAACCAUUGACAUUAGAGAACCUGAAAUAAACAUCAACCUGGACAUGCCGGCAAUUCAAGUGUUUCCUUAAUUGGUUGUGUCAAUAGCAACAACUGACGGUAAGUGAAUAACUGCUAAUGCCAUUGUGUUAAGGUGACAGAGUGGUUGCUUAAAUAUAAACCAUUCCAAUAACAGAACUAGUAGUUCCAGAGCCCAGAUGCAGGCCGUCCACUCGUGCCCUCCACCGUCCUCUGAGGGGGUACAGGCCCAGGUGCAAUCGCACCCGCAGCACUCCUGGUAGUUCCACCCCUAAACCAGUCAUUAAAGGCACUUAUGUCUUAAGACUCCCCUUGCACAUUACACAAUGCAAUUCUGCUGGAAUUAUGGGAAAACACUGCAUUGGGUAAAACUCAUUGUAACCUGUUCCCUAAAUUGCUUUGUACAGUGAACUUCAUUAAGUAUAUGACCCCCAAAAGCUGAGGAAAUAGGGUGUGCUGUGACUUGCGGGCACACAAAUUUCCGUGGAUGCAACAUUCAUAAUUACUCUGCAGUUAUGGGAGAAAAAACACAGCAUUGUGCUUAAAAAAUGUCCUAAAUUUACACUUUGCACAUUUCACUGCAUUCAUACAAAAGGCAUCUUGGCUAUUUCCCAUCCAAGUACUAACCAGGCCCAACUUUGCAUGGCUUCCAAGAUCAGGCUCUUUCAGGUGGUAUGGCUGCCCCAACUUCUGUUUGACUUGCCAUAGGAAAUUUUAUGUUGCAAGCUAUUUAGUUGCUGCCCACAAGUACACAAAAUCUAGGUGAAAAUACUGUGAUGUGUGCACUGUGUACAUUGCAGUUGCUUGAUAAAUAAACCCUAGUAUUUUCAUGGUGGCAAAUUAGUCCCUUCAUUAACUGGUUUACCUAUGUACUGUUUAAAGGGAUAUUAUGUUGAUCAAAUAAGGAUUUAUGAAUUAAUACAUUUUUUGCAUGAUUUCCUGAAUAAAAGUAACUCAGGUUCUGAAAAGUGAUUCCUACCAAAGUUAUUCUUUGUUAAACCUGGGCAGGCAUUCAACAAUUUGUUUGAUAAUGUGUGUACUUAAUGUAUUUUGAAUAGGGUUUGCUCAUUAGAGAUACCAUAGCAUAGAAUAAACACAAAUAAACAGAAAACACACACUGUUCCUGGUUCCCUGUUACAUCAUUGUGUUUGCUGAACAUUUAAAAAUGAAAUAAUGAAAAAUUAUUACUUUGAAGUCAGAUAUAUUUUUCAUUCUAUUUAACAAAUCAGCCCUACCAGUUUGAAAAUAAAUACCCUCUCAAGCUCUCUUUUUUUCCAUUACAUCCCCAACAGAAUUAUACAGUAGUUAACAUUUGUUUCUCGCUAAAACGGAUGACCCUCAACAAAAAUAGCUCAGUCGAUGAGAAAUAUGCCUUGUGGAAAAAUGUGUCCAACCAUAAUUAAAUAUAUUAGUUUGACUGUAUGUUCUACAAGACUGGCAAGAAAUGUGUCUCCUUGGCCCUCAGGCUUACACUCUUAUUAGGUAGAAGUUAAUAAUAAUAAGCAGUUAUAUGCAAAUAUGUUAUAGCUGUUUAGCUCUCUUCAACUCUCAUUGCUAUGUGUGAGAGGUACGUCUUCUCUGCUUAAAGAUUUAACAGCUGUGUGUUCUUUCAAGAUCUGUGUAGAUUUUAGCCAUUGUUGUUACAUAGUAGAUGAGGUUGAAAAAAAGAGACGUAACCAACCUUUUACCCAAGUGAAACCUGCUAAACAGCGAACUGAAGGCAAUAUCAAUGAUAUAUUUUAUGUGCUGAUCUGCUGUGUGUAUCAAGCAUUUUUCAAUAAAAUGUUUC